AUGGUAGUUCUCAACCUCCCAUCUCUCACACGACACAUUCUCCGGACCUCCUCCUUUCGCCCACUCACAGCUUUCAAACAACUCCCGCCCCCUCACCGGACCCUAGGAAUCAGGUACCACCCUGUGGUUGACGACGCCAACGUCGUUGCCUACAAGGACAAGGUCGCCCGCAAAGACGUCGCCCGCGAGAUACAGGCGAAACGGGCGCGAAAAAACCGGCGCAACGCCAUGGCCAGCAAGCCUUCCACCACCACCGCCGCCGCCACUACUUCUACAGCAACAGAGAAAUUCGUCCUGACCUACUAUGUCCCUGUGGAGAACUGCAAAGCCGUGACCGAGGCAGUCCACAAGACUGGCGCGGGGACGUGGCCGGGGGAUAGCUACGGAGAGACAUGUUUCAUUGGGAAGGGGAUCGGGCAGUUCCGACCACUAGAAGGCGCAAACCCGGUGAUCGGCAAAGUCGGCGACCUCGAAUUCGUGGAGGAGUCGAAAGUCGAGAUGGUGAUUUUUGGCCGAGAGAUCAUGGUCGCGGCGGUCGCGGCGCUGAAGGAGGCACAUCCUUAUGAGGUUGUGGCUUACUCUGUCGUAAAGGCGGAAGACACUUAG